AUGUCCGACCCCGAGAACAACCCAUCCCCCGCGGAGCUUGCGGAGCGCGAGCGCGAGAACCAAGAGCGCAAGGCGCGCGAAGAUGCGGAACAGGCUCAGCUCCCUUACAAGUGGACACAGACAAUUCGCGAUGUGGAUGUGACGGCACCCAUCCCUGCCAAUCUCAAAGGCCGCGACAUGGAUGUAGUAUUGACCAAGAACAAAAUUCGGGUUGCGAUCAAGGGUCAAGAGCCCCUCAUUGAGGGCGACUUCCCCCAUGCUAUUCUCGUCGACGAAUCCUCUUGGACUCUUGAGACGACCCCCACCCCGCCCGGCAAGGAAAUCAAUGUUCAUCUUGAUAAGGUCAACAAGGUUGAGUGGUGGCCUCAUGUUGUUACUUCUGCGCCGAAGAUUGAUGUGACCAAAAUCACACCGGAGAACUCUAGUCUCGGGGAUUUAGAUGGCGAGACUCGUGCUAUGGUUGAGAAGAUGAUGUAUGAUCAGCGGCAGAAGGAGAUGGGUGGCCCCAGCAGUGAUGAACAGAAGAAGAUGGAGUUGUUGAAGAAGUUCCAGGCUGAGCAUCCUGAGAUGGAUUUCUCCAACGCCAAGAUGGGUUAA